AUGGGAGAAGCAGUACUUCGCUUUCCCCGGAGAACUCCUGAUGAGGAUGUUGAAGAUGCUAAUUUUGCCGCUCAUCACCUCCAGCCUCACCUGUUUACUUUCCGCCUGCAGGAGAAGCAGUACUUCGCUUUCCCCGGAGAACUCCUGAUGAGGAUGUUGAAGAUGCUAAUUUUGCCGCUCAUCACCUCCAGCUUGAUGUCCGGCUUGGCCACCAUGGACUCCCGUGUCUGUGGCAAGAUGGGCCUGCUGACCAUCACCUACUACCUCUGGACCACCUUCAUGGCCGUCACCACCGGCAUCGUGCUGGUCCUCAGCAUCCACCCCGGCGCGGCUGCCCAGAAGGAGGAACACUCGGUGGGCAAAGUGGUACUCAGCUCGGCCGACGCCCUGCUGGAUCUCAUCAGAAACAUGUUCCCUUCCAACCUGGUGGAGGCUUCCUUCCAGCAGUACCGAACUGUCCUGGUCCCCGUGGUGAAAUCCCCCGGGAUCCCGAAGAAGGCCGGCACCUCCCUCAGCUUCAUUUACUUGGUGCCCGAUCCGGGGAACCCAGAGAUCCAGCGUCCGGUCCUGCUGGAGAUCACGCCCUCGCCGGAAAUGAUCUACCAGGCCCUUCCUGGCAGCAACAACGAAAUGAACGUCUUGGGCAUCGUCCUCUUCUCGGCCACGGUCGGCCUCCUCCUGGGGAAGAUGGGGGAGCGUGGGGCCCCCCUGGUUAACGUGUGCCAGUGCCUGAACGAGGCCGUGAUGAAGAUCGUGGCCAUGGCGACCUGGUACUUCCCUUUUGGAAUCGUCUUCUUGAUCGCCGGGAAGAUCCUGGAGAUGGAAAACCCGGCGCUGACUGGCAAGAAACUGGGCCUCUACGCCAUGACGGUGGUGACCGGGCUGGCCAUCCAUGCCCUUUUCUUCCUGCCCCUCCUCUUCCUCAUCUUGACCCGGAAAAACCCCUUCCCCUUCAUCCGGGGAAUCCUCCAAGCCCUGCUCAUCGCCCUGGCCACUUCCUCCAG